AUGAAUGAAUUUUGCUUGGUAAACAACAUACUAAUAAAAAAUGUUAUAGCUCGAAGAUAUACAAAAUGUAUUUAUAAGAAUAGUAAUGAGAAUAAUAAUAGCAUUAUAUUAUACUUUUACAAGUUGUGUAAAAAAUACAAAGAGUUAAUUAAUUAUGAAUAUUUACAAUACCCUAAAAAAAAGUUACAUAUAUCAUAUACAAAUGAUAAAGAUAAAAAAAUAAACAACAUAAAAAAUAGGAUAAUUAAAAGAAAAGUAAUUUGUAAUUUUCGUCUUUUAAUUUUUUUAUUGUUUGUUUUGAUAUUAGUUUAUUUUGGAUUAAUUAAUUUAUUUAUUUAUGAUAAUAAUAAUAAUAUAGAAUGCAAAAUACAGUUUACUGAAUGCCCUAUAAUUUUGCAUGAACAUGUUAAUAAUUUUUUAAAAAGCUAUAAAAUAAAUAAUUUAAAAAAAGAACAAAUUGCAGCUAUUUAUAAAUUUAUGAAUAAUAAAAACAGUGAAAAUGGAGAAAACAUAAUAGGGUCAUAUUUAGACAAUGAAAAAAAAGACGAAAUAAGUGGUGGUAUAAAUAAUAAAAGACGUAAAAAGUUUUAUAAAAUAUUAAAUGAUGAAAAAAUAAACUGUAAAAAUUGUAACAUAGUUUUUAAAAUUUUGAAAAAUAAUGAAACAAUAGAAGAUAUAUUAAAUUUUGAAGAAAACAAUAAAUGUAUGCAAACGAUGGAUAUCAAUUCAUGUGUUAAUGUUAAAAAUGGGGUUAUAAAAAAUAAAAAAAUACAUAUAUAUAAAAAAUACACAGGGCCAAUUAGGGAUAGUAACUAUUUUGAAAAAAUAAUCAAGCAUAAAAAAAUAUUUUCUAAUGAGCACAACUACAGCUCAUAUAUGGACGAAAAAAUUAUAAUAGGAGAUAAUAUAAAAUAUAUCUAUCCAUUUAUGAAUGAUUAUGUGUUAAAUUUGGAUUGGUUUAAAUUUUAUGACGAAAAUGGAAAAGAGAUUCCAGUGAAUACUGGUCAGUUAGAAAAGUUGAAUUUUGUGGAGGUGAAUGGGACAGAUUUAUGUCGCUCAUUCUACAAACAAAAAUAUAGGGAUAGCACUUUUUUUUGGAUGUGUUCUGAUUUUUACAAAAAUCGAAAAAGUUCAGAAGAAUACAUGAUAUCUAAAAUGAUUGAAGAAAUAUUAAAUUUUAAAGAAUCUGGAUAUUCUCAAAAAAACAAACAUAUAAUAGAAAUGUCAAAAUUUAGCCCAACAAAAAGUACAUAUAAACAUUUUGGUUAUAUUUCUACAGAUAUAAAACUUCCUAUAAAUAUAGGAAUUUAUAAUCGUUUUAAAUUAAUAGAAGCCGAUUUUUUAAUUAAUGAAAUGAUAGAUGAUAUAUAUCGAGCUCUUUUUUCCAUUAAUAAUAAGGAGUUAGAGAUUCGAGAAAAAAAUAAAAGUAUAUUUCAAUCCGAAGUAAAUGUAUUGCACACACACAUUUGUGAACACAAACUCGCAUUUUUUGGCCACAAAUAUGUUGAUGUGGAUAGUAAAGAAAAAGCUGAAGAAAAUAAAGUGGAAAUAGACAAGGAAAAUGUUGAAAAUAUAAUAGAUAAGGAAAAUUGUGAAAUAACUAUUUAUGAAAAAUGUAAUAAUAAAAAAGGUAAACCAUGUAUAUGCAGAAAAUUAUGGAGAAAGUUUGGAAACUGGUUAAGAGGGUGUUAUAAUAAAAUUAUUAAAAGUUGUAUAUCCAAAAAUAUAGAGAUAAAAAAAAAGGAUGUUAUAAAUUUACCCGAUAAAAAAGAAGGGACAUAUGUAUUAAUAGAAGAAAUUGAAAAUGAAAAAAAAAAUAUUGAUGGAAAAAAUGGAGAAAAAAUAAAUGAGGAGCAUAUUAAAGAAUUAGUUAUUAUAUCAUCAUCUAUAUUUUUCGGAAAAAUGAAAAUAUUAUUAAAAAUAUCUAUAGUCAUUUUAAUAAUUUUAUUUUUGAUUACAAUUUUUUUAAUUAUUUUUUAUAUUUAUUUAAUUAAUAAUAAAGAUGUGUCCAUGAUUAAUAUUCAAGAUAAUUUAUUUGAAAAUAUUCCGAGAUAUUUAAAAUGUGGAUCAAAAAAUAUUGCCAAUGCAUCUAUUUCUGAUGCUGAGAAAAAAAUUUUUAUUAGUGGAAAGCAUAGAAGCUAUCCAUUUUAA